CUAUAGGUGUUUGUAUCGCCCCUGCCCCAACAAGCGUGAGAACGAAAUGUCAGAUGAUAAUCACCAAUUGUUGGCGGUUUAUUGCCCAACCAAUAGAAGUUUAACAUUAUCUGGACAGCGUGCAUAACUGUCUUGACAAUACACGUGGCAUUGAUCGCACCUGUUUACAGUCACGGAAUUUCAUAUUGGACCAAGCAGCAGUUUAUACUGAUGAAUACCUCCAGUGGUAGUUUAGCAAUGUGAGUCUUUGUGUGUGUGCGCUUGGUCGUAACAGUAACCGUCAUCAUGAUCCGGAUCUGGAUGCUGACGUGGCCUGUGACGCCACAAGACCCUAAGAAGAAGAAAUCUAUCGAGAAGACUCCCCUGGUAAAGGCCGAGAGCGUGGAGAGUUACGACAGCGUGGAAGUACCUAUUACCGACGACCGGAUACAUCCAAUCUCUUCUGGCAGAAGAUCCGAAGAUCAAACGUCUCUGCUGAAACCGACAGACAAGAACACUCACGCUCCCAACACGUACAAAGAGAACGGAUACCUUGUUCCAAAUGGACGCGAAAGUACGCUUCCCUUAAAAUCAAGUGACUCAAGGGAAGACAAAAUCGUUCCUGACACAACGUCAACGCUGAACUCAAAUCCUCCCAACAAAGCUGGCGGGGAUGGUCUAGACAACGAGGAGGACCGUCAGCGCCAUUUACAUUCAUCACCAGAUAAAGGUCUGGAGAAAUCUCCUGGUUCUGACUCCAGGCACGAUGGGCUCCCGAAACAAACUUUGUUUCAGAUGGCAAAUCAUCGAAGAAAUUCAGAGCAAAAUGGUGGUACAGAUGAUAGGCAGCGUACCCUUCCAUCAUCACCUGAUAGUAAACUCGGAAACCAUGGCAACGGAUAUCAAGCUGGAGAUGAAACAAGCCUACUGAUUGGUCCGGGUAAUUCCAGAACUCCAGGGGUAAAGGAUGACAGGGGAAAUAACUCGGGAAGUGACGGUCCCCACAGAUAUGGUGCUAUCCCUGGAGAAAGAAAUGGGAAUUCUCACUCAGACAUAGACAGUGGAGACUCAUCCGUAGCGUAUCCUAAUUCUGAUAGCAGUUUCGCAAAUGGGACCGAGGAUCGUGACCGACACAUGCCUCCAAAUGGACACACGGGUGACGAAAGGGACACCGAUGGUUCCUUGUCCGGAGACAAGGCUAGCCUUCUACUUUCUCCUUCAGGCCGAAGAGGUUCGAAUGCGGAAAAGGAGAGCAAUACAAAUUUGAAAAGUUCGGAAAGACGCGACAAGGAAUUACCUUCAAACCAAAGCAGAGGGAGAAGACUGGAAGCCAGCCCAGGGAGGACCCCCAAGUCCCGAUCACCGUCACUCAAUGCUAAACGUCCUAAUGACAAGGAUAAACAGCCUGUGAAAGAAAUUCCACUUAGAAAGGAAAAACCACCAGUACCCACUGUGAAGAAAUUAGGAUUUGGGAGUACAUAUAAACAGCCUAAACCUGGAUCCAAGGAUGCUUCAAAAGAUGCUUCAAAAGAUGCUUCAAAAGACCCAAAGAAACGGAAAGGUGCUGCCUCGAAAACGCCCCAAAAUGCAUCGGAAGUUAUUGAACCUGAGAUGGUUCGGGACACCAAGACGCAGAAGCCUGUCUCAGCAGCGCCACCUGAAGGGAAGGGAAGAGAACCAGGAGGGGCAGAUAACUCUAAACCAGGACAUGAUACUUCACCAGGUGCCACAGAAGCUGUAACACCAGAAGAUGGAGAUUUUGACGCCGAAGCGCCUCUAACGUUUGUUGUUCCCGACGGGAGUUCCCAGAGAAAGGCCUCGUAUCCACAGGAUGGGUAUUUGGUAUUAUACAAUGACAUUGAGGACAGUGAUGACAGAGAAUUUGUUGAGGAGGAAAGCAGCACCGACCUCCACACCUUGCCCCGGCGUCCAAAGCCGACCUCAGGGGAUGAAGGCCAAGGUCAAGUCGUCGCUGGUGAAGGCGGACCACUGAGAAAAGUACCAGGACAUCUGGACCUGCAGUUCGAUGCUGGCGAAGCAUCUGAUGAUCCAUACGAUGACCAUGGACCUGGACCGGGUCAGAGAGGAGCUCCACACACAAAGCUCCGCGGUGUACCGAGGGGGACAGCUACAGACGCCGACCCCCCAGAGAUAAACGAGUCUACACCGGUGGCAGUCAAGAUGGCGGCGCCGAGAGGUGCUGCAGGUUCUUCCAGCAUGGGCGACCUCAGAGCGCAAGCACCACAUGGCGGGGUGGGCGGGGCACCACCAGGGAAGGACGCUGCCAGAUCACAGAGGGAACUGCAAGGAUCGGGGCCAGCAACACUCACGACGGCCGGUGGAGAUGCAGACAGCAUGGGACUGUAUGAUCAACACGGACAACCACUACGUCGUCCUGUUGUUGACGAGGACUCCGUGGCAGGGGAAGGUGGGAGACGAACAAAAGGGUCUCCAGGUUCCCUGAAUGUACGUAGAGCCGCUGGGGACGAGGAUGUCAUUGUUCCCGAAGACGCCCACGUGUCCCACGCACAGCUACAAGCUAGAGGUGCCGACACUGAUGGAGGACGUGACGGUGUUGCAGGACUGCGGAAUGGAAAAGACGGAGCCCCACCAGGGAAGGACGCUGCCAGAUCACAGAGGGAACUGCAAGGAUCGGGGCCAGCAACACUCACGACGGCCGGUGGAGAUGCAGACAGCAUGGGACUGUAUGAUCAACACGGACAACCACUACGUCGUCCUGUUGUUGACGAGGACUCCCUGGCAGGGGAAGGUGGGAGACGAACAAAAGGGUCUCCAGGUUCCCUGAAUGUACGUAGAGCCGCUGGGGACGAGGAUGCGAUUGUUCCCGAAGACGCCCACGUGUCCCACGCACAGUUGCAAGCUAGAGGUGCCGACACACGUGAAGGCGACUCGCCAAGGUCUCUGGAUGUGCGGAGAGCUCCAGGAGAUGAAGACGUCAUAGUUCCUGAAGGUGUCAGUGUUUCCCACUCCCAGUUGAGACCAUCCGGGGGCAGCAGCGGAGACAAUGGCAGGGGUCGGAAUAUUGCCGUACUCUCAGGAAACGGCAAGCUGCCCGAUGGUCAAGACACACCGUCCUCCCAAAGUGAGAUGGAGGAUCCUGGAUUCAGCACACACGUCAUGUCCACUGCUCGACCGUCUGACCGAGACGGGAUGACAGGUGGGGAACACGGAGCCGCCCUGAGGAGACCAGGAGACCGGGGAUCGUCAGCACCUGACACAGACAACUCUGGUACAGCACCUCGUGGCGGGGUGGGCGGGACCCCACCAGGGAAGGACGCUGCCAGAUCACAGAGGGAACUGCAUGGAUCGGGGCCAGCAACACUCACGACGGCCGGUGGAGAUGCAGACAGCAUGGGACUGUAUGACGAACACGGCCAACCACUACGUCGUCCUGCUGUUGACGAGGACUCCGUGGCAGGGGAAGGUGGGAGACGAACAAAAGGGUCUCCAGGUUCCCUAAAUGUACGCAGAGCCGCUGGGGAUGACGAUGUCAUUGUUCCUGAAGACGCCCACGUGUCCCACGCACAGUUGCAAGCUAGAGGUGCCGACACUGAUGGAGGACGUGACGGUUAUGGCGACUCGCCAAGGUCUCUGGAUGUGAGGAGAGCUCCAGGAGAUGAAGACGUGAUAGUUCCUGAAGGUGUCAGUGUUUCCCACUCCCAGCUGAGACCAUCCGGGGGCAGCAGCGGAGACAAUGGCAGGGGUCGGAAUAUUGCCGUACUCUCAGGAAACGGCAAGCUGCCCGAUGGUCAAGACACACCGUCCACCCAAAGUGAGAUGGAGGAUCCUGGAUUCAGCACACACGUCAUGUCCACUGCUCGACCGUCUGACCGAGACGGGAUGACAGGUGGGGAACACGGAGCCGCCCUGAGGAGACCAGGAGACCAGGGGUCAGCACCUGACACAGACAACGCUGGUACAGCGCCACGUGGCGGGGUGGGCGGGGCUCCGCCAGGGAAGGAUGCUGCCAGAUCACAGAGGGAACUGCAAAGAUCGGGGCCAGCAACACUCACGACGGCCGGUGGAGAUGCAGACAACAUGGGGCUGUAUGAUGAACACGGCCAACCACUACGUCGUCCUGUUGUUGACGAGGACUCCGUGGCAGGGGAAGGUGGGAGACGAACAAAAGGGUCUCCAGGUUCCCUGAAUGUACGUAGAGCUGCAGGGGCUGGGGACGAGGAUGUCAUUGUUCCCGAAGACGCCCACGUGUCCCACGCACAGUCGCAAGCUAGAGGUGCCGACACUGAUGGAGGACGUGACGGUGUUGCAGGACUGCGGAAUGGACAAGACGGAGCCCCACCAGGGAAGGACGCUGCCAGAUCACAGAGGGAACUGCAUGGGUCGGGGCCAGCAACACUCACGACGGCCGGUGGAGAUGCAGACAGCAUGGGACUGUAUGAUGAACACGGACAACCACUACGUCGUCCUGUUGUUGACGAGGACUCCCUGGCAGGGGAAGGUGGGAGACGAACGAAAGGUUCUCCAGGUUCUCUGAAUGUACGUAGAGCUGCUGGGGAUGGGGAUGCGAUUGUUCCUGAAGACGCCCACGUGUCUCACGCACACCUGCAGGCAACAGGUGCCGGUACACGUGAAGGCGACUCGCCAAGGUCUCUGGAUGUGAGGAGAGCUCCAGGAGAUGAAGACGUGAUAGUUCCUGAAGGUGUCAGUGUUUCCCACUCCCAGCUGAGACCAUCCGGGGGCAGCAGCGGAGACAAUGACAGGGGUCGGAAUAUUGCCGUACUCUCAGGUAACGGCAAGCUGCCCGAUGGUCAAGACUCACCGUCCUCCCAACGUGAGAUGGAGGAUUCAGGAUUCAGCACACACGUCAUGUCCACUGCUCGACCGUCUGACCGAGACGGGAUGACAGGUGGGGAACACGGAGCCGCCCUGAGGAGACCAGGAGACCGGGGAUCGUCAACACCUGACACAGACAACGCUGGUACAGGUCUCCGGGAUGCCCCUGACAGAGGAGACGUCAUCGCAGACAACCACCAGACUCUGGAGUCCCAGAAGCCGGGCAUCAACGUGGUGCUCAUACAAACAGGUCCAAUGACUCCCGAGGAACGGCGACAUGCAGAAGCCCUGAAGAUGAAUGCCUUCAUUGACAGAGUACACAUUGAACUUCCCCCAACCAAACCGAGAAUCAUCAUAUUUGUAAGACCCGGAUGCUGGAGCCUUCCCCACAACGAAACAUCAGCAUCUGGAACACAUGGAACACCUGGAACACCUGGACGAGGACCAGCACAGACACAGCAGAAGAAGCAGAAUGUGUCCUUUGGUGACUUGCCAGACCACACCACGACACAUAAGUCGAAGUCUGUCGAUGACGGAGAAGUGGCCAGAAAGAGAAAGACAUUUGCACGUGUCUCGCGGAAGGGGUCCAGACGUCUCAGUCGCCUCCGAUCGUUCAAGAGGUCGUCGUCGUUAGAGGACGUGGAACACCUGGAGCCCGUCAUGCCUGAUCUAGCCCCGGUAGAACCCACAGAGAAACGACAGACAAUGAUGAAAAAGACACGGAGUCUGGAUGCUCUAGACGACGACCAGCCGAUCUGGCUCGACCGCCAUCAAAGCAUUGACCUGAGUGAAAUCGACGCCAGACGAGAGUACACGAGAGAACUCGAGAUCAUACAGGGCGACUCCGUGAAACAGUUAGUGAAGGGCUUUGAGGACUACAGUAGGAGGGUGAGCAGGGAUUGGUCGGCCACCUCCCUUCCCUUGUAACAGGGUCCGGUGCUUGUAUUAUAGCAAUCACUUCUUAAAUGUCACACUUUGAUACAUUAUAUAUUAUACUUCUAACACGAGAGGGGCGGUGGGGUAGCCUAGUGGUUAAAGCGUUGGCUAAUCACGC